AUGACAUUGGUCUACGAAACUGUCUUUUCUUGGUCCCAUUUUUCAGUUAGAAUCACGGUGGCGGAUUACCACAGAAUAAUAAACUCGCGCCACAUUCACCUGCGUUUUACAGGCUCGAAGCGGGCAACCCUUCAGGCUAAGUCGCCAAUCUUGCAUAUUGUGUGACUUCGCUUGUUUGAAGGAGGUUGACUGCUUGCAUCACGUGGCCGUAGUCAGCAUCACUAGUAAAGCAAGGAGCAAUCUAGGAGGCGGCGAGAGCUUUCGCUAUGGAGCAUCACGGCUGCGGCGCUCUCUGACUGUACGGGCUUUCAAACUCAUUCCGCUGGGACUGCACUUCAAACGCACAGGUUAUGCCACCCCACAGGCUGACUGGAACUCCAGCUGUCAAAGAGAAGGGCUGAUCCGGGACGCGUGCCCCUCCCCCCUCCCUCUCCCCCUCCCUCUCCCCUCCCGCUGCUGCCCUCCUGUGUCCCCAUGGCGACAGGAGGUCAUGCCCCCGAGACAGACGUGCUGAUCAACCUGCAUCAGGUUCUGGCAGAAGAAGAGAAAGGCGCUGCCGAUGGAGAGGACGAGGAGGACUGGGAGAGGGCGCUCUCUGUGGAGAGGUUCGGGGACAUCAUCUCCGAAUCGGCCGCCAGCAGCGGCGAGAAAAUGGGCCGCUGCUACAACGAGAAGGACUUUGAGUAUCACCGCCACACCUUCCACCACACGCACCACCCCCUCUCCACCCACCUGCCCCCGCCGCUGCGUUUCCGGAAGAGGGUGCUGAGCAUCGACCGGCGCAGGAGGAAGAAGCGCCGGAAAAAGAGGACCUCCAUGCCGCCCUCCGAGGUCACGCCCACCAUCCAGGAAGUAGACGAAGAGGAGGCGGAGUCAGAGGCGGAGGGGCGGGACCCGGUGGCCACCCCCACCGAGCAGGCAGACAGCAAACCAAAGUUCAGCCCGGGGAGCCAGGAGGACCUGGCCCCCCCGCUCCCCUUCACCAGCUUCCACAUAGAGAACGAGAGCCCGCCCACUCCAGAGGAGGCCACGCCCCCAAAGGUGGAGCCGGAGGAGAAGGAGCAGCCGCCGUGGGAGGAGCCCGUCAGCAGGUUCUCGGGCGCUCCAGAGCCUCCCAGCACGACGGCGCGCGGAUGGUUCCGGAGAAAGCCGCUGCACCGGGCGGCCGGGGCCCAGCGCGCCAGCUACGACCUGCGGGAGCGGAUCUGCAUCGGCAGCAUGACCGCCAUGGAGACCGCCGUGUACCAGAAGGUCCCCACCGACGAGGCCGAGGCCCAGAUGCUGGCCAGCGCCGACCUGGACGACAUGAAAAGUCACCGGUUUGAGGACAACCCUGGGGUGAGGCGGCACUUGGUGAAGAAGUCGUCCCGCAACCAGGUAACCCGGACUAGCAACAGCUCGCCGCCUACCUCUAGCAUAAAGAAGAGGACCAAAUCAGACAAGAAAGUCCACGAGGUCUUCGUGGAGCUCAACGAGCUGAUCGUGGACAAGAACCAAGACAUGCGCUGGAAGGAGACGGCGCGCUGGAUCAAGUUCGAGGAGGACGUGGAGGAGGAGACGGACCGCUGGGGCAAGCCGCACGUGGCCUCCCUGUCCUUCCGGAGCCUUCUGGAGCUCCGCAGGACCAUCACGCACGGUGCAGUGCUGCUGGAUCUGGACCAGACCACACUGCCUGGCAUUGCUCACCUGGUGGUGGAGACCAUGAUCAUCUCUGACCAGAUUAAGGCACAGGACAGAGCCAACGUCCUCAGAGCCCUGCUACUCAAACACAGUUCUCUGCAGGCGCUGGUCCAGUCGGACCCCCGGGAGCGGUCCGUACUCCACCCCAACGAUGAAAAGGAAGGCUUCUUCCCCCGCAACCAUUCGGUCAGCAGCAUGGGCAGCUUCCACCGCAACCACAACCACCUGCCCAACACCUCCCUGCCGCUGGUGUCCGAGGACCGCACGGAACCUCACACGACCAAACCUCAGGACCAUGAGAAAGAGGUGUUUGUGAGCUUGUUUAAAGCGCUUCACCCUCUUCCUGCGGAAGGGCACCCCGCCGUCAGGUCCAUGAAACUCCUGGCAAAGAUCCCCAAGGACGCGGAGGCCACUGUGGUCUUAGUGGGGUGCGUGGAGUUCCUGGAGCAGCCCGCGAUGGCCUUCGUCCGGCUGAACGAGGCGGUCCUGCUGGAGUCCGUCCUGGAGGUGCCGGUGCCGGUGCGGUUCCUCUUCGUGCUCCUCGGCCCGAGCCAGGCCAACAUGGACUACCACGAGAUCGGCCGAUCCAUCUCCACCCUCAUGUCUGACAAGAACUUCCACGAGGUGGCCUACUUCGCCGACGACCGGCAGGACCUCCUCAACGGCAUCAACGAGUUCCUGGACUGCAGCAUCGUGAUCCCGCCCUCAGACGUGGAGGGGAAGGACCUGCUGAAGACUGUGGCCUCCUUCCAGAAGCAGAUGCUGAGGAAGAGGAAGGAGCGAGAGAACAAGAAGGGCGUGAGCGCGACGCCCGGAGCCGAGACCGAGUCCAAGGAGGCGAGCCUGGAUGAGCAGGAGGAGGAGGAGAUGGAGGUGGACCCCCUGAGGCGGUCGGGGAUCCCCUUCGGAGGCCUCAUCCACGACAUCCGCCGCCGGUAUCCCCACUACGUGAGCGACAUCAGAGACGCCAUGGACACGCAGUGCAUCGCCGCCGUCAUCUUCAUCUACUUCGCCGCUCUGUCGCCCACCAUCACCUUCGGCGGGCUGCUGGGCGAGAAGACGCAGGGCAUGAUGGGAGUUUCUGAGCUGAUCAUCUCCACCGCCACGCUGGGGGUGCUGUUCUCGCUGCUGGCGGGACAGCCGCUGCUCAUUAUCGGCUUCUCCGGACCCCUGCUGGUGUUCGAGGAGGCCUUCUACAAGUUCUGCCAGGCCCAGGGGUUCGAGUACCUGACGGGCCGGGUGUGGAUCGGCUUCUGGCUCUUCUUCAUCGUCCUGGUGAUCGUGGCGGCGGAGGGGAGCUUCUUGGUGCGCUACAUCUCGCCCUUCACCCAGGAGAUCUUCGCCUUCCUCAUCUCCCUCAUCUUCAUCUACGAGACCUUCUCCAAGCUCAUCAAGGUGUUCAGCGAGCACCCCCUGCUGAAGAGCUACCCCCCGCCCAGUGCCCAGAAUGCCGUGGGCAACCUGUCGCAGGGGGAGGGCGUGCAGGACGGGCCCCUGCUGAACCAGCCCAACACCGCCCUGCUCUCCCUCGUGCUCAUGCUCGGGACCUUCUUCGUGGCUUUCUUCCUCAGGAAGUUUAGGAACAGCCGCUUCCUGGGGGGAAAGGCCAGAAGAGUCAUAGGAGAUUUUGGGAUUCCCAUUUCCAUCCUGUUCUCCGUGAUCGUGGGUUACUCCAUCCCUGAUACGUACACGCAGAAGCUGAACGUGCCCUCCGGUUUCUCGGUCACGUCCCCGGACAAGCGGGGGUGGUUCAUCAGCCCGCUGGGGGACAAGGAGCCCUUUCCCGCCUGGAUGAUGGGCGCCUCCAUAAUCCCCGCCCUGCUGGUCUUCAUCCUCAUCUUCAUGGAGACUCAGAUCACCUCGCUGAUAGUGUGUAAGAAAGAGCGUCGGCUGGUGAAAGGCUCGGGGUUCCACCUGGACCUGCUCCUCAUCGUCUUUCUGGGCGCCCUCUGCCCGCUCUUCGGCCUGCCCUGGCUGACCGCCGCCACCGUGCGCUCCGUCACCCACGUCAACGCGCUGACCGUCAUGAGCAAGGCCACCGCCCCGGGGGAGAAGCCCAUGAUUCAGGAGGUCAAGGAGCAGCGGGUGACCGGCAUGCUGGUCGCUGUGCUCGUGGGCAUGUCCAUCGUGAUGACGGACGUGCUCCGCACCAUCCCCCUGGCCGUGCUGUUCGGGAUCUUCCUCUACAUGGGCGUGACCUCGCUCACCGGGAUCCAGCUCUACGAGCGCAUCAUGCUCAUGGUCACGCCCGCCAAGCACCAUCCCGACCACAUCUACGUCACCAAGGUGAAGACCUGGCGCAUGAACAUGUUCACCAUGAUCCAGCUGCUCUGCAUCGUGCUGCUGUGGGUGGUCAAGUCGACCGUGGCCUCGCUGGCCUUCCCCUUCAUCCUCAUCCUCACCGUCCCGCUCCGCCGCCUCGUCCUCUCCCGCAUCUUUGAGGAGCGUGAGCUCAAAGCGCUGGACUGUGAGGAAGAGUCUCCUAAUUUUGACGAAGACGGCAGGGACGAGUACAACGAGCUGCACAUGAAUGUAUAAAAACCACGCGGGAGGCGCACCCUGAGAAAGCCAACAACGCAAACGCUGAACAGGGUGGGGAAGGGCGGAGCACUUACUGGGUGUGGGGCGGGUGUGAGUCUGCCUGCGAUGGAGUGUAGCACGCUGACUAACCUAUUGUGCUGCGCGCGUGUUGGCGUGAGUUCGGAGUAUCGGGGUAUUUUUAUUUAUACGGUCGUGUUUCUGUAUGCGAGAGUUGUUCUGUGACACACGGGUCCUUGAGGGAGGUACACUCCUUCCUCCAUUCAUUUUGUUCGUUUCAUUUCUGUCCGGUUCAA